AUGCCCAAGGUCUUGAGUACCAGUUUUGAAGUACUGGUUUUUCUCGUAGAGUGCCAAGCAACCUGUUUCAAAAACUCCUCUUACAUAUUUUCGAAAAGCGAAAGAGAUUGGAAUAACAGUAGGCGUGUCUGUAAAGACCAGGGAUUUGACUUAGUCUCCAUCGAAACUGAAGAAGAAUGGCAGUCUAUCAGUAACGAGAUUCAGAAGCGUGGUACUUGGAAUGCUAGUGCGUGGCACAUUGGUUUAUGGAAGAUAGACGGGGUUUGGACUUGGCUGAGUGGAGAACAAUUAAACAUUUCGAAAUGGCGAGAUUCUGAGCCAGAUGGUACCGACGAUUAUGCGGAAAUAUCCAAGAAUGGAGGCCUCUUUAAUGGUAUCUCUCGGAAUGAUAAAAAUGCCUAUAUUUGCGAGAUUCCCGGAGGUAAGAUCACACUCCAACCAUAAAGUCUACUAUGUGCUGAAACAUUACAGUCUUCCACUUGUGUCAGGAAAAUUGCUCUUGCUUCUUAAAAGUGAAAAUAUUGUUCACAGAAUAUGCUCAGCUCAUCUAACUUGUACGUGUGAGCGAUGAACGACCUUCUAAGCGCGUAUUAGUGGUUGAACAUAAUGCCCAUGAAAAAAUCCGGGACAUAUGUUUCGAAAAAGAAUGAUGACUCUAAAAUUUUCCUUUUUUUUUACAUCGCCUGCAGCUGGCAAAACAGCGAUGGAAAUUGUAUAUUUAACAACUUUUGUCGAGGGCGUUGAGAUUGAGAUAAUCUAGCCAACGGAAUUUUCCCUUGCCAUAAGUGACAAGGCGUUUUCAUUGAUGUCAGUAAAUGAAUGCAUGUUCUUUUAUACAAAACAUAUCGAAGUGUGGGUGCCUGUGUGUACCCUACUGAUUUAGGGCUGUAAUUACGGCAAGAUCCUCCAUGAGCUGAACAAUUUUUGAACGAGUAAAUGGUAGUUGAAACAGACUGAGGUAAUGCAAGUUAAAUAGAGGCUUCACCGAAAUAUUUUUAUUUGUAUAAUGAAAAAGGUGAUUCAAAUGGCUUGCCAACAAACUUUGAAGCAUUUCUUUAAAUGUAUCUGUCACAAUCUGACACCUGUUAAGAAGAGAAAGUGUAAGAAACAAAAGCGCAUGCACGUUUAAAAAAAAAACAAAAAAAAAUCAUUAUCAACGGUACUGGUUUGGCAAACAAACUUAAGUUUAAUAUCUGUAACGAGUAUUGAUGAACGACGUAUACCUCUGUUCAAUCAGAGCACACUUCUAUUCAAUCAGUAAAUGGAAAAUAAUUGUCAGUAAAAUUAAUUCUGUUUCGAGAUUCUGCCCAUUUGUUAGGUGCAAUCGCGUGUGUAAAUCUGAUCUUUUCUUUUCUUUUUGGAAUAAUUAAUUCCUCUGUAUUGCAUUUGUGACAUUUGUUCAGCAGAUUCAGCUCCUGGACAAAACUCUUGGCAGGGCUCUUACCAAGACUACGUUGGACCACCUUGUACACAACGAUAUGGUAAGAGGAGUGGGUCACUAUAAUGACGUGGAAUAUGUCCCAAGCACAAUAAAUAACCCAUUCUCAGAAAUAGAAGGUACAAAAUGAUAAGGGAGGGGGGACCCGACAGACUUGCUGGUGCUCAAUGUAAUCGAAACUUCACCGGUGCUUAACGCAAUCGAAGAUGCCAUGGUGUAAGGUGCAACAAACAUGCACAGAAAUUAAAACCGGCGAGUAUCGCAAUCAAGCUAAUAGCUGAGUAGUAAACCAUUUCCUCAGCUACCUAAUCAAUUAACAAAAGCCAUAGCUCGUUUUUCUUUUCCUCCCUCAUUAUUGUUAACAACGGGGAUGUUCGAGGUAAUAUAUUCCAAUAGUUUCCGUUGGCAUAGCACACUUCAAGUUGAGUACUUCGUAACAUUGGCGACAUAUGGUGUUAUGACACAUUUAGCAAAACCUGUAUUGGAAGGAAACCAAAGUGAUCCUCGCUAGCGUUCACUUAUUAUAAAACAUCUGUUUCAUCCAAGUUUUGUAAAUUGAGCGAUAUGACAAGUUUGAAUUUUUGAACCUUUAAACCGUUUGCGUUUCCUGUCAUUCGCCUCCCAAUAGUUGGAAAAAUAUAAAAACAUGUGCUAAGAGGAAAGCCGUAAAACAUUGAAACAGCUCAAUUUACAUCUCGUUCUAAUCCAAGAUUUUCCUCUCUCAUCCAUCUCCAGCAUCGCCAUCGCCGUCGCAUCGCCGUCGCCGUCGCCGUCGCCGUCGCCGUCGCCAUCGCCAUCGCCAUCGCCGUCGCCGUCGCCGUCGCCGUCGCCAUCGCCAUCGCCAUCGCCAUCGCCAUCGUCAACAACACCAUUGUCAUCGUUUUUAAGGACAGUCGAGAAGCUGGUUUGUGUUCUAAAUAGUCAUUUACGUUUCUGUGCAUGUCGCUUUUCGGGACCUUCUCUGUUUAUAAAUGUGACAUAUUUUUUUUUUAAUUCUAGGCAAAUGAUUCUGUGUCAAAAUUUUCCGGAAUAAACAUUACCAGAAAUAUUUCCAUAAAGGUAUCCAAUUUUCAUAACUUGAAGGCUUUUAACUUUGAUAUAUCUAUUUAAACCAUAAAAGUAAAUAUCUGAUCUUUCAGGAUAAACCACCAUUCAAGCCAUAUGAGGUGAAAAUGGUGAAAAAUGGGAAAAAAUAAUCCAGGCUCCUAAAAGAGUUAUUUUGACAAUGGAUACCCUGGACACCAUCGAGGGCCUCCUGCUAGACUUUUUCCGCCUUCUUAAUAUCAAUUGUAUCUAUGAGACUAGCUAGUUAAUGACCUGGAGAUAUUUUACGUCAUUGCAGGAGGCUGUAGGUGUGUUUGAAAAUUUCACCAUAAAUAUCGCGAACGUCGCAAAAGACAUGGCCAACAUGGAAGAG